GACAUUGAGAAAACCUACUGAAUUAUUUCAUCACCAUGUAUAAAUGUGGAUGCAAGAGGAUUCAUAUUUUUUGACAGAGUGGAUUAGAGUACAAGACACCAAGUUUAAACCAGCUUAAAAAGAACAACUUAAGUUCAAACAACUGAAUGAACCUGUGUUUGACCAUGGCCAGCACUCAAACAAGUUUGAAGACCCCCUUUAAAGACCUGACCUCCUUCAAGGGCAACAUGAAGCGUCUGUACCGCGAGCAGCUGGACUACGCGCCCAUCAAGAAGCGUGUGAUGGCCGAGAUGAACCUGAAGCGGCGCAGCCAGGAGAGCCUGCCCUGUGGCCCCAAGGUGAAGCACGAGCACGUGGACGCGGAGCUCCUGGGGGCCGAGCUGGACCCCGAGGGCCGGGACCUCCACGGCAGUGUGGCCAAGGCUCUAGAUCUCAGCCCCGGCCUGAAGCACACUCUGGCCCAGUUCACCCUCAGCAGCCAGAGCUCACUGGGGGGGCCUGCGGCCUUCUCCGCCAAGACAGCCCAGGACACAACCUCAAGCGCGGCCCAGCUCAAUUCCAUGCCCUCCCCGCCAGCCCUGGGGGGUGGACCGCUCCUGGUGCCCUGCGACAGCUCCACGGAGCUCACCCACUCGCUUCUGGAGGGCGAGUCCAUCUCCUGCUUCGCGGUGGGCGGGGAGAAGCGCCUGUGCCUGCCGCAGGUACUCAACUCGGUGCUGCGCGACUUCUCGCUGCAGCAGAUUAACGCCGUGUGCGACGAGCUCUACGUCUACUGCUCGCGCUGCGACGGUGAGCAGCUGCACAUCCUCAAGGUGCUGGGCAUCCUGCCUUUCAACGCGCCCUCCUGCGGCCUCAUCACGCUCACCGACGCCCAGCGCCUCUGCAACGCUCUGCUGCGCCCUGGCACCGCCCUGCCCCCGGAGCUGGCCGCCAAGCUGUCUGCCCAGGGCCUGCUGAAGGAGAGCAGGGACAACUUCCAGGUGGAGCACCAGUGCCUGGGCAAGUGCCAGGGCCUGUUCGUGCCACAGUUCUACGUGACACCCGAUGCGCCCUGCAUCCAGUGCAUGGAGUGCCAGCUGCUCUUCUCGCCGCAGAACUUCGUCAUGCACUCGCACAAGUCGUCGGACAAGCGCACGUGCCACUGGGGCUUCGACUCGGCGAAGUGGCCCUGCUACCUGCUGCUCGCCCGCAAGUAUCUGGGCUCUGCCGAGGAGCCACGCCUCAAACAGCUACUGGAGCAGAUGAAGGAGAAGUUCCACUACCAGCCCAAACUCCUGCUAGAAAAAGCUGUGGAUGAAGAUAGCCAUAUGGUGAAGGCCACCUCUAACCACCACCACUGCUCCUCCAAUGGCAAGCUUUCGGAAAACGAGCUCACUAAAAAGGGCAAAGGCCACACUGGCACAGUGUUCAGCCAUCUGUUCCCUGACAUCAAAGAGGAGCCUGGACACGAAACCACCGUCCACCCCAGUUACUACCUGUACCCGUAUGAUAAGAUGCUGCCCCCCAACGUGUCUCUGCGGAAGGAGGCGGAGGUCAACCAGGAGGUGCUCGGGGCACUGCUCAAACAGCACAACAGUCACAACAGACAGGACACACCGCCCAUGGAUCUGCACUCCUCCCCGUCUGCAGCAGUCCCUUCAGACGAGGCCGCCGAGCGCCAGGCUCCGCCGGCUGCCGAGGUUGCUGUGGCAACCGGCGGCAAGAGCGCCCACACACCUAUGCUGGCAACUGCGGCCGUGGCAGACACAGCGGUGGCCAAGGAUAGCAACGGUGCCGAGGACGACAAGGACCGCAUCGUCCUGGAGAUCGUGCAGAUGUACAGCCGGCAACAGGAGAGGCUGAACGCCACGCUGCACAAGCAGUUACAGCUGGAGAUGGAGCUGGAGGCGAUGCGGGGCGGCUCGGCGGCGCGCCUGCGGGAGUUGAGCGCUGAGCACAGCGAGCUGCAGACGGAACUGGCGGCGAUGCACACUGAGCAUGCUCAGCGGCUGGGGGAGGCGCAGCAGGAGCAGCGGGAGCUGGAGACGCGUCUGGAGCAGCUCCGGCAGCAGAGCUGCGUCUGUGAGCCAGGCAGCCACAAGCAGCAGGAGGCGCACUACACCACACAGCUGUCUAAGCUGCGUGCGCGUCUGGAGCGCGCGGAGGCUGAGCGCGCUGAGCUGCAGGACGAGCUGCAGCGGGAGCGGGAAGCGCGGGAGUGCCUAGAGCUCACCAUCGGCCAGCUCCGGCAGCAGAUGAUCACCGCCAUCAGCCCCAGCCACACUCCUCCACCCUCCAGCACCCCCACCCCUACAGAGGCCUCUCUCUCCACGUCACAGGGUCCCGAGCUGGCCUCCGGCUAGAGGAUCACGCACCGAGAGCCCCAGGCCCCGGCCAGCCCACCCCAGCUCAACCACGCCCUCCCUCCCCCUCCAUCCCUGGAGCCCAGGAGAACCAGGCCACAGACUUGCAGGACACCAGCAAAAACAUUCUGAGAAGCCUGCGGAGCCCUGCGUGGAGAGAGGAGGGCCACUCUGCUGUGGCUCCUCACGUUCAUCAGCUCUCUCUCUUCACUGACUGAUUAUGUUUUUUGGACAUUUAUGCUGUUUUUUAAUUUUUUUUUAAUUUAAUAUUUCUUUAACAGGAUCAUAUCCGCCCCCUUCCACAACCCUCCUUUAUAUCUGUCUACCCACUGCCCCCUUCCAUCUUUUUUAUUGUCUUGUUUGUUUAUAAUAUUUAAGAUUUUGCUUGUUUGCUUCAUUUCACUUUGUUGUUUCGACUGUGCAUGUUGAUUUUUAAUUUAUAGUUCUGGCCGGGAAAUUGCUUGGCCAACAACAGGGAGAUAGUUUGAAGGACUCCGUAGGCUUAGGCUCCCUCCUCCACGACACCACACCACCCCACUGCACCGCCAGCCCCUGUUCCUCUGGGCUGUGAGUCUGCUCCUCUGUGCCCAAGACUGACUGAGGUGUGAGAGUCCCUCUGAGCUCUUGUCCUGGCCGGGAUUGGGCUCCGGGUUCAGUACAGGUCUGAGUGUCCCUGGGCUCUGACUGUCUCUUUAUGCUACCUGGCUCCCCCACCGCCACCACCCUGGAGCCCACAGAACCCCCCACCCCUCUCCUGCAUACAGCCCUUUACUGGCCACCAGCCUCCACCAGCCAGCGGCAGCAGGGAACUGCAUGGAUGUUCAUGUUGUUGCGUCUUUUGGUUUUGAAACUGAAAUGAAAGUUUUUUUUUUUGUUGUUUUUAAAACACACGUUUCAAGUUCUAUCAGGCGGAGGGUACUAUUUGGACAUUUAUAGUAAAGAGCAUUAGGAUCCUCCUACAUAAACUACAUAACCUCAUCGCAAUUAAGGAAGGGACUGAGGCCGAAUGCCUUGUCUCCUCCUCCAGUGCAGUUUGGAGCAUUCAUGUGAGAUCCACUAUCUAUUUAUCUUUCACCUGCCUCCAGAGUCCCUCUGUCUCAUGACGGAGGAAAUGGAGAGAAAAAAAAUCAUGAAAAACCUUGUCUGAGCGGCCACUGAGCAGCAGGCACAGAUGUGCAUGCACGCCCUCUACUGGACAGGAUGGUGUAUGGUGUCAACUGUGUCCAAUGUGUUUUGAUGGGGUUGGUACACACAGGCCACCUCUGCCCAUUUGUUUUUGGGUUGCGAAUGUUUGCUUGUUUCUGAUGGUUUGACUGAGGAUUGAAUCACUGUGAACAGGAGGUGUGCUUGGACUAGCUCACCUAACUUCAUCUGUUGACAAGAAUUAGGUUUGUGUGUUUGGGUUUUUUAAUGGUUGCCCCCUUCACACACACACACACACACACACACACACAUAUAUAUAUAUUAUAUAUUUGUGUGUUUUUUUCAAAACAAUAAAACAGUUGUGCUGCUGCAUUUAAGUUGUAACAAAACAAAAAAUAGCAUUAGUCUCACCAGUGCAUGGAGGCUGGCAGAUUUAGGUUCACCUCUACUCGUGCAAAUGGUUUCCCUCAGACCGGUUUGUGCUCCUUCACCCCACCCGACCCAACCAACCCCAGCAGUGUGUUGUUGUGUGGGCCUUCAGAUAGACCACCAUACCACCCACUCCCCCUCUAGGCUACUCUCCCCCAGUGGAGGACGGGAGUGGAGGCUCCAGGGCUAAGGGGCGCCAUCAGACUCCCUCCCAGAGACAACCCCAAGGCCUCUUCAUGCUAGUGCCCUGUGUGCUUGCUUGGCUACUCACUGUCUUGUGUGUGUAGUUGUUUGUUUGUUUGUUUGUUUGUUUGCUCCUUGCAGUGAGUGAGCAGAUGGAUGGGGUGGUGAGGGGGGCAGUUGUGUGUGGGGAGGGAGGCAGUAGGGGAGGGGAAGGAUUACGCCUGAAGCAUCUUACUGCAGUCAGAACCCGACAUUUGACCUGAAUUAGUAGUGCAAAUAAUUGGUUGUCAUUGGAGGGAAGAAAGAUGUGGUGAAGCUCCACACAUUUUUGCAUCUAUUUCAUUAUGUGGAUGGAAAAAAGAAUGGAGGGGGGAAAAAAUAACAAAGAAUUUAGUGAUCAAAUAAUGCUGUACAUGUUUGCUUUUUUGGUUCUUAAACUUUUCAUGGAUAUAUUGAGAAGCUAUUUAAUGUAUUCACUAAUAAAGAUUUAUAUUAAUCUUGUAUAUACAGUAUAUAGUAGUUAUUAAUAUAUAUAUUAACUGUUGUAUGAGGAAAUUACUAAAAGUUAUAUGGACUGAAUCAGAAAAACACACAAAAAACUGUAAUUCCUUGCAGGUUUUCUUUUUUUUGCAUUUAUACUGAAAGAACUAAGAGUAACUUUUGUAUUUGUGGGAUAUAUUUGGGGCUGUGACUGAACUGCAUUGCUGCUGCACCUUGCCCUCCAAAACUGAUGACUUUUAUGUUUGCAAUUCAUAUCUUUUUUUGUCUUCAAAGGACUGAUUCAGAUGCUAUCAGAAUUUCUCAAGGUCAUUAGAAAAAAGUUUUGGCAUAAAUGGAUACACACGUUUGAUUUCUCUGACUGUGAAGCCUGAGGCUGUGACUCUAAAGAGCUCUAAAGAGCAUGGCUUGGCACAGCUCAGUAGCUGGAGGUGGAAUUGCAUAUGUGGUAACCCCAUGUUCUGCAGCCGCAGUUAGUUGACCCUACUGAUUGAUCCUACUAAUGGGAUUGUGUGUAAGGCGCGCCUGUAUGAGUGUACAUGUAUAAAGACUUCCUGAGAGCAAGUGCAACACAGUGCCCUAAAACCAGAUCGAUGACCCCAGCUCUCUCUGCUCUACAGGCUGUCCAUGCUUGUUGUGCUGUGUACAUGACCACAUGUGAUUUAAACCAAUGGAAGGUUUUGGAAAGGCAUACAUGGAAGCUAAAUGCGUUGUCAGUAUGUUCUGAAGCAAAUGCAAACAAUCAGUAUUAUUAUUAUUAUUAUUAUUAUUAUUAUUAUUACUUGCUAUAAUUACCUCGGUCAAGAAAAUGCUGUUUUUUAUGUGUCGAGAUAUUUCCGUGUAUUUCUGGACUUUUCUAGAUUAUUUGAUUUUGUCAAUGCUGUGGAACAUUGUGUAAAUUGCAUUUUUUUUUCUAUACCUGGGGAGGGAGCUGUAUGUUUUAUAGCAGGUAUCCGAGUAUGUGGUGUUGUGGUCUACACACUUGGCAGAGUUGGGAAGGAAGUAUAUGACUCUUGCUGUACAUAUUGGUCAUGCAUGCACCAUGACUGUGGACAUUGCAAGAACCGUACCUCUGCAAGAGGGCAUUUUUGACUUGCGAAUCCACAGAGCCCUCUCUGACCACUCUCACUUGUGAACAACGGUACUGUGCAAAUGAGGAGACUUCACGUUCACCACCACCCCUCCCACACGCACCCACACCCUCCAACCAUCUACUAUCUGCCAGCACAGCCCAUCUCCCAGCGUGGUGAACGAUCACAGAUUUUUAUAUAUCAAUAUGGAUAUUAAGAAGGCAUGGAUGUGUCGCUAGCUCCCAGCCUUGGAAGCAGUGGAGUUUCUUUUUUUUUUGUGAAAGACAACCGAUCACUCUGAAAAAAACAUUUAAACAUAUUCCUUUUUGAAAGAAAAUAAAAUAAUGAUUUGUUAAUGUUUCUUUGAUGGGGACAAAAAGCAAUUCUGAAAAUGCAGUGUCUAUGUAUGACCAUUGCAUACUAUGUUGCCAAUUCUGCGGUGUGAUAAGAAGUUUGCUCUUGCAUGAAAUGAGACACUGUUCUCCUACCUCAUGUUGUGAUAUUAAAAAUGUUUUAUAAGCAGAUGACGCAUCUCUAACCAUUUAUCAUAAUUGAUAUUUACUAGCAAAAUGCAUACCUGUACAUGCUUUUAGCUAAUACCUCAGUUGUAUCUAGUGUUUUGUUUAUUUUCCUAAUUUCAGACCUUGUACAUAUAUCUUGUAUAGACAUUGAACUUGGAUUAAAUUCAAGUAAAGUCCUGUAGUGUCAAGAUUGCUGUGUCAUUGAGAUUUUUUCCCCUCAAUUGUAUCAUGGUGGUUACCCUUAUCUUAACCCAAAUACAGACAUCCUGUUUUAUCCUCUGAAUCCAGCCAAAUUAAAUCCAUAUUGAAUUAAAUUUUAA